AUGCUGGAGAACUGGGUGCUGCAUCUGGAGCGGGUGGGUCUGAGCCGCCACUUCAUUCUCUUCGCAGCAGACAAGACAAUCCUUCAAUUUGCCCAGUCCAAAUGGCCCGGACAGGCUAUUUAUCUGAGCCUGAGCGGGCAGUUCCACGACGAGGAGAGCGUGGACGCCAUUCAUCUCGACCUGACAGGGCAGUUCAACGAAGAGGAGAACGUGGACGUGAAGGAGGCCAUUCGCCUCGACCUGGGCGGGCAGUUCAACGACGAGGGGAACGUGGAUGUGAGGAAGGAGGUGGACAUCAACUCAGCGGGGUUCUUCAGCGGGGCCGACGGGGAGAGAGGGGGCUUCAAAGCGGCACAAUCCCCCACCCCACCCGCCCAUCUCCCUUAUACCCCCUCGCUCGCUCUCAACCUCCCCCCCCUCCAGGCCAUUCACCUGGACCUGACUGGCCAGUUCAACGACGAGGAGAACGUGGAUGUGAGGAAGGAGGUGGACAUCAACUCAGCGGGGUUCUUCAGUGUGGCAUCCCACCGAGCAGUCUACAUCCACCACCUCCUCUCCUUUGGCUUCUCCGUGCUCUACAGCGACAUCGACAUUGCCUACCUGCACAACCCCCUCCCCUUCUUCCAAAAACCCAGCCAUCCCACUGAUGCUGCUGCUUCUGCCGCUGCUUCUGCUGCUGCUUCUGCUUCUGCUGCUGCUGACGCUUACACCAGCGGUUCUGACUUCGACAUGUUUGUGAGCAUCGAUCGUUACAGAGAGCAGCCAUCUCCCUACACAGACCCCAUGGAUCCGACCUACACAGGCCUUCUCAACAAAGGGGGUCGCAUCUUCUGCACCUGCCUGCUCUUCUUCCGCCCAACUGCCGCUGCCAAGAGCCUCGUAGGCAACUGGGCGUUUCGAAUAGCUAAGCUGGGGCGCAAGGGGGGGUUGGAUCAGGCUCAGUUCAAUCUGGUCAUGCAGUGGAUGUACCAGAGGGGUGUGCUGCCGCGGAUUGGAGUGCUGCCGCCGCUGCAGUUCCCGUCUGGGCAUCUUAUGCAGGAGCACUGGGAGGAGUUUGAGGCGGUAAGGCCGCGGGUGGUGAUGGUGCACGCGAAUUAUGUGAGAGGGAAGGGCGCGAAGAUCGAGGCGCUGAAGAAGGCGGGGUUAUGGUGGGUGAAGGAACGGAGCAACGCCACUGCUGCUGCUGCUCCUGCUGCUUCUGGUGCGGCUGCUGGAAAUGCAUCUUCUGCCGCAGGGCUGGUUGAGGAGCAGGAGGAGAAAGGGCAGGGAGCAGCAGGUGGCAAAGAGAAGGCGGCAGGCGAGGGAAGGGACGACGAGGAGCCAAUCUUGCUCUUCCCAACGCCUAGGUCCCUUGAGAAGGCUGAGCGGGAUGACAAGAAUGAGGCUGCAGGGAUGUUGGGGUUGGAGGGUGGUGCGAAGGGUGGGAAGGAGGGGGAGGAGAAGGCGCCGACAGGGGCAGCUGGGAGAAGCGGAGAGGCGGGAGGAGAAGAGGAUUGGGAGGCGACUUUUGAGGCGCCUCAAAAGUCGACAGGGGCAGCUGGGAGAAGCGGAGAGGCAGGGGGAGAAGAGGAUUGGGAGGCGAGGGUACUGGCGGCAGUGGAGCCGUGGGUGGGGGAGCAUUUGCAGACGAUGGAGGGGAAAGGGGUGAGCGUGGCUGCUGGUGGUGGCAUGGCGGUCUUCACUGUUGCCUGCGAUGUGGAGCCGUGGGCGGGGGAGUAUUUGCAGACGAUGGAGGGGAAAGGGAUGAGCGUGGCUGCUGGUGGUGUCAUGGCGGUCUUCACUGUUGCCUGCGAUGGUGCAUGCAUGGUGCGUGAAUGGUGCGUGGAUGGUGCGUGGAUGGUGCGUGGAUGGUGCGUGGAUGGUGCGUAUGGUGCGUGGAUGGUGCGUGGAUGGUGCGUGGUUGGUGCGUGGGUGGUGCGUGGAUGGUGGUGCGUGGAUGGUGCGUGGAUGGUGCGUGGAUGGUGCGUGGAUGGUGCGUGGAUGGUGCGUGGAUGGUGCGUGGAUGGUGCGUGGAUGGUGCGUGGGUGGUGCGUGGGUGGUGCAUGGAUGGUGGUGCGUGGAUGGUGCGUGGAUGGUGCGUGGAUGGUGCGUGGGUGGUGCGUGGAUGGUGGUGCGUGGAUGGUGCGUGGAUGGUGCGUGGAUGGCCAGGACGCCUUGUUCCGCACCUGGUGGGCGCGCAUGAACCGCAUACCUUUGCUCGGGAGAGCUCUCCUCGCCUCCGUGCCUCAGGUGAAUCUUGUGCCUCAGCUGAAUCUUGUGCCUCAGGUGAAUCUUGUGCCUCAGGUGAAUCUUGUGCCUCAGGUGAUGCGCAUGCCAGGGGGGCACACCGUGGACCGACCCAAGGAGAGGACGUCCCUGCAAGUGGCUGCUGCCACAUGCUUGCUGCUGCCGCCCCUCAUCAUUGCCCGCAUGCUGGCUGCCAACGUGACUGCCGUCUACAGCGACAUCAACUCGGUGUGGCUGCGUGACACCCGCCCCUACUCUCUAAUCUACCGUUGCCACCAUGCCCCCUCCCCUCCUCCCAGCGACAUCAACUCGGUGUGGCUGCGUGACGCCCGCCCCUACUUCCCGCCAUCCUAUUCCCUCGUGCUGCCUUCCCUCUCUCACCAAGCCCCACUGCAGCAGCAGCAGGAGCAGCAGCAGCAGCAGCAGCAGCAGCAGCAGCCACAGCCACAGCAACAGCAACAGAAACAGCAGCAGCAGCAGCAACAUAAGCAGCAGCCAGACGUGCCAGCGACGCAAACGGCACAAGAGGCAGCAGAGAAAGGGCCGAGAAAUAGCACAGUGCAGGUGGGUGAGGGUGGGGGCAGCACGGGGCAAGCAGAAGCACCAGCGACGCAAGGGGCACAAGUGGCGGUUGAGAAUGGGUUGGGAAACAGCACAGAGCAGGUGGUUGGGGGUGGGGGCAGCACGCAGAAAGCAGAAGCACCAGUGACGCAACGAGCAGCAGAGAGAGGUAUGAGAGCGAAAGCGGAGAGCAAGGGCGGGGGCAGCAUGCAGCAGGCAGCGGCCCCUGCACCACCCAACACCACCGCCCUCACGCCGUCCCUUCUGGGGUCCCUCUCUCCAUGGCUCAUGGCUCUUCGCCCCUCCCCUCCUGUGCAAGCCAUGGUGCACCGCUGGGCACUCAGGGCUUUAAGAGGUUGUAAGAAUGCAGAAGCAGCCGAAGCUGCAGGUGGUUCGGGCGUGUUUUCUGGUUCGGAGAUUCUGAAAAGGGCUCUCAACCAUGCCGUGGCUGAGAUGGUUCGGGAAGCGGGGCUUGUGGGAGCGGAGGAGAUUGGGUUGGGUGAGGGUCCAGGUUCGGCAGGAGGCAUAGAUGCAGGUACGGAAGCAGGUGCGGGAGCAGGUACGGACGCAGGUAAGGGAGGAGGCACAGGAGAUGUAGGAGAGGGGCCAAAGGGAGCAAUCGUGGGGGUGCUUCCAGAGCAAUUAUUCCCGCCUGGGUGGAAGGUGGUGGGGGAUAGGGCAUGGCUGGAGGCGCAUAGGAAUGAGAUAGUGGCCGUGCAGGUGAGCUGUGGGGAGGACAGCCAGGUGCAGGAGAUGUGUGUCAGAGAUAUGAAGCUGUGGCUUUAA